AUGGAAUUUAAGUACAUUUUAUCGCACUGUGCUGUGUUUCUUUGUUUUAUUAAAGGAAUCCAGUCUUAUCGCAAUGUUUCACCGAGUUAUUCACGGCUGAUGCCACACUCUGAAAUUAAGCAAAUGGUCAUUAAUAAUACACAAAACGCCGGUGUAAAUGAUAGCAAAAGUAAUAACAAUCACUGUAGAUUCCAAUUAAAUUUAUUUAAUGGCACACAUUGUGCCAAUAAACUCUAUAACUUUAGCAGAAUAAGUGAUGAGUGUGUAGAUAGAUUUAACACUAAUUCACCGAAGAAUGAUAAACAUAGCUGUAAAUUAUAUAAUUUUAGUGGAAAUUUGAGUGAUUCUCAUGAUACUGGGGAUCGUAAUAGAGAUUUAAAAAGCUGUGAGUUAUUAUUUAAAGUGAACAGUCCUAAGGAAUUGAAGGAGAUCCCAGUUGACUGCCUCUUCAAACUGUGCAAUGAAAUCCGCACAUACCUGGGAGAGAAGAUAUCCAGGUCAGGAGGCCACUUUUCGGGCUCUUUGGGAGUGACUGAGCUGACAGUGGCACUGCACUACGUCUUCGACUCGCCAGAGGAUAAGAUCGUCUGGGACAUAGGACACCAGGCGUAUGUGCACAAGAUGCUGACGGGAAGGAGAGACAGGCUCGAAACGAUGAGGAAGAAGGGCGGCCUAUCAGGGUUCUGCAGAACGUACGAGAGCGAGCACGACGUGUUCGGAGCAGGCCACUCGUCAACUUCGAUAUCAUUCAGUCAGGGGCUGUGGGAGGCGCAAAAGUUACUGAGUGACAAUGGCAUUGAAAAUGGAGUUGAGGUGGACAGUAAAGUAAUUUCGAUCAUCGGAGACGGCGGAAUGACUGGCGGCUUGGCCUACGAAAGUCUCAACUACGCGAUUAACUUGAAAACGCCUCUGGUGAUCAUCUAUAACGACAACGACCAGGUCUCACUGCCAACGGGUCUGAGUUCAGCAAUGGGCUAUAGGCCAGUGUUGCCGUUUUUUAUGGAAAAAACAUCGGGGCAGGAGGUGAAGCCACUAAAUGAGGCACUAAAAGAGUUUUACACAUCACUAUUAAACAAAAACAACAACAAUGGCAGUGUCGCCAGUAGCAGUGGCAGUAGUUCUGGUGAUUUAAAUGUAAUUGGGCCCAUAGACGGGCACAAUAUAUAUGAAUUGAUACAGCUGUUCAACAUGAUAAAGAACCCACAGCAGUACGGAGGAAGCAACGCCACUACAACCACGGGCCACAGGGAGAGGUGCUUGUAUGUUGGAAAUGCAAGGGUGGAUGGGCCCCUAAUAAUACAUAUUAAGACGAUUAAAGGACUGGGAUGCCCACAGGCAAUAAAAAGCCUGGACACUCUGCACUCAAUAGGGCCAAAUACGCACCUAACAAUGGUGGAUUUAGUCUUAAAUAAUGCCACUAGUGUGCAAGACUUGAGUAAUAUUGGCCAUGAUGAGAACAGUGGUAUUAACACAAGCGGAGGUACCGCCAACGGUGAUGCCAGUAUCACCGGUAACGACAAUGAUAAUAUCAGUAGCUUUAACGGUAACAUCAGCAAGGACAAUGACACUGGAAGUGGCGUGAUUGAUACAAGUCAUUCGCUGGAGUACUACAGAAAGUACAUCAGCAACGCUGGUGACAAAGCCUCUGUUAAGGACGAAGUGUUCGACUCCGAGAGCUACAGCCACGUGUUUGCACGGACCCUGGUCAAGUUGGCGGAAGUUGACCCGAAAAUAGUGGCAGUCACAGCAGCAAUGCCAGGAGGGACGGGAGUGGGCAUCUUCGGAGCAUUCCACCCGAGCCGCACGUUCGACGUGGGAAUAUGCGAGCAGCACGCAGUAACCUUCUCGGCAGGACUGGCCUCAGCGGGCCUGAAGCCCUUCGUGUCGAUAUACUCGACGUUCCUGCAGCGCAGCCUGGACCAGCUGAUCCACGACGUGCUCAUACAGGACAUCAACAUCAAGCUGUUGAUCGACAGGGCAGGCUACGUGGGCGAAGACGGCCUGUCACACCACGGCAACUACGACGUCAACAUGCUGCGGAUGUUUAAAAACCUCGCAUUCAUGUUCCCGAGUGAUCAGGUGGACCUGGCGCUGAUGCUUAAGCUGGCAUCUGACUUGAAUAGACCAGUGGCAAUAAGGUAUCCGAAGGAUAAAGUGCCUAACAAGAGUCAACUGGGCUACGAUGGAGCCUUUUACGACUAUGUUAGGCAUUUUAAUUUUUUGAAUGACAUAAGUACUGCUACUGGUGCUUACGAUGAUAUCACUACCAAUGCCACUACUGGUACUGCUAUUAAUAAUGGUACUGGUGCUAGUUAUGGUACCAUUACGGGUGCCGGUAUAGGUACAGUUACUGGUGAUAGUUAUGCUAAUAAUGGCAGUGCAAGUUACAAUGAGUUCAGCGCAUACUAUAACGACUUGAGGAACUUUAAGAGUAAAGUGGUCAGACAGGGCAGAGAUGUGGCAAUUUUAAGUCUGGGCCCAGUGGUACACAACGUAAUCAAGUCGUUGGACUAUUUGGACAGCGCCUUUGACCCAACGGUCAUCGAUAUGAGAUUUCUGAAUCCCCUGGACGUUUCAGUCCUAGAGAAGCUGAAGCGGAGCCAUGGCCGUUUAGUGAUCGUUGAAGAGGUAAUUUCCGGAGGAUUGGGGACUGCAGUACUUGAGCAUUUGGCUGAGAUUAAUCAGUUAUCGCAAUUCAAGAUCAAGUGCAUCAACUACCCUUACGAGUUCAUCCACCACGCCACUAGGCAGGAGCAGAUGGAAAUGGCGCAAAUCGACCCCAAGGGCAUCGCAAAUCAAAUACGGAAGCAUGAAAUGUUAGUAACAUAA